UUUUUUGUGGACUUGGACUCUUUUCCUAAACUCUGAAUCUUAAGGAAAUACCGCAGAAAAACGCGGCGUCUUCCGGGUACUUUCUUUCCGUUGUGACUCUUGUCUCUUGGCCGGAACGGAACCUCAUACUAUCUUUCUCCACAAAUCCUCCGUCAUCUUCACCUCCAACAACUGCGCCUCUUAGUGUAAAGACUGAGUACCAUCUCACUCGCAAACUACCUACUCUAGCAUUUUCUCUCUUCUUCAACAAAAAAAUCCUCCCUUGAAGCCCAAGAGUCAUUUUAUUUGGAAGUUCCUCCUACCGCAAAACCUUGUUUUCAUCACAAAUCAAGCAAGCAACGAACAUCAUGCAGUCCGGCGGCCCUUCUCCCUUGCCAUCAUUCCCGGCAUCCCGGGAUGGCACGCCCAGUGGCAACGGCACCAGCACCAACGGAACCACGAAUGGUAACACCAACGGCACCAACGGUACCACAAAUGGCGUGCAAAAGAGGACCAAGAUCUGUGUCUACUGCGGCGCCUCUCCCGGUUUCAAGCCUCAACACAUGGAAGCCGCUCGUGAAUUGGCAAAGAUCAUGGCUGAGAACAACAUUGAUCUUGUCUAUGGUGGUGGAACCGUCGGCCUGAUGGGCGAGGUGGCAAAGACCCUCGUUUCCCUCGCUGGCCCGGACUCAGUCCAUGGCAUCAUCCCGGAGGCCCUCGUCAAGUAUGAGCGUGACGGCACCUACGGCACCAUCAACAAGGACAACAUGUAUGUCCCCGAUGAGACCGUCUACGGCCGCACCACCGUCGUCAAGGACAUGCACACUCGCAAGCAGAUGAUGGCCAAGGAGGUCUUCGCCGGCGGUCCCGGCAGCGGCUUUGUCGCCCUGCCCGGCGGCUACGGCACCAUCGAAGAGGUCCUCGAGACGGCCACCUGGAACCAGCUGGGCAUCCAUGACAAGGGCAUCUGUCUCCUCAAUAUAAACGGCUUCUACGACGGCAUUCUCGAGUGGGUGAACAAGAGCGUUGAAGAGGGCUUCAUCAAGGCCGCUAACGCCGAUAUUCUUGUCACCGCUACCACCCCCGAGGGCGCCAUCACGGCGCUCAGGGAUUACCAGGUCUCUGCGGCCACCUUUAAGCUUGACUGGACCAACUCCUAGGUCAUAGGGCAAUCCGUAGUUUGUCGGCAAUGCUUUCCAGGCGACAGGAAAUCAGGGACGAAGAAGGAUAGAUGUGACGAUCGGGGGUGUGCAAUGUAAAAGCGGAUGCGUACCGGAGUCUUGGCGCCCUUUCGUGUUUCCCAAUUCCUACACGUUCAGGCUCGGUAGGUGGUCGGGUUGGAAAAAAAGAGGCGAAGCGAGAGGAAAGUGAGUCAUUU